GAGGCGCAUGCUCCGCCUAUGGCUUAUGAUGCGGCAUCAGCGCAUGAGCUUCCUCGCAUCUUCGACAGUUUGAUAAAAUGCCUGCAGCUACGGGACAAAUACAUGCUUAAGUCCUGCCAGCGCCUCGGCGACAAUCCCAAAGACCAUGACGGUCACUUCACCGGCCUACCAAAAGAUCUUGCUGAUGUCUCCGGCGUGAGGCCUGACGUAGUCCUGCCCACGGACCCAGGUACAUCGGUUUCCAGUCCGUACAAACCCUGGACGAUCUACCCCAAACCGCCUCCGCCGCACUGGCACUGGACAGAUAAGACCAAACCAGUACCUCAGCCAUCGGGAUCUACUGCUCCUCAGGAUGACACGGAAGAGUUUGACUUCAGCAAGUGUAUCAUCCCCGAGGCUGAUGAUCAGCUGGUGUUCGCCCUGGAUGAGAAGGGCGUGUACCAGGUAUAUGACUCGUUAAAAGCCGCGAACAAGGAACCGAUCUUCGAUAUUCCCAAUUUGCGAGAGUACUUCAUGGACCUCGACUACGUUUGCAGCGUCAUCGCCGACGGUCCCACAAAGAGCUUUGCCUUCCGCAGGCUGAAAUACCUUGCAAGCAAGUUCACUAUGUACAGCCUGCUCAAGGAGUUCGACGAGAUGAGCGAUAUGAAGCGUGUCCCGCACCGUGACUUUUACAACGUCCGCAAGGUCGACACGCACGUUCACCACUCUUCGUGCAUGAACCAAAAACAUUUACUGCGUUUCAUCAAAUCGAAGAUGAAACGCAGUCCUCAUGAUGUAGUGAUAUUCCGUGACAACAAGGAGCUCACCCUCGAGCAAGUUUUCCAAUCCCUCAACCUCACUGCCUAUGACCUAUCUGUGGACACCCUCGACAUGCACGCACACCAGGAUUCGUUCCACCGGUUCGACAAGUUCAACCUGAAGUACAACCCCAUCGGCGAGUCGAGGUUGCGGGAGAUUUUCCUGAAGACCGACAAUUUCAUCCAUGGAAGGUAUCUGGCGGAGCUGACGAAGGAGGUGAUGACCGACCUAGAGCAGAGCAAGUAUCAGAACUGCGAGUGGCGGAUAAGCAUCUAUGGUCGGUCCGAGAAGGAGUGGGACAAACUCGCGAAGUGGAUCAUCAACCAUAAACUGUACUCUCACAACGUCCGGUGGUUAAUCCAGGUGCCUCGCCUGUAUAGCGUCUACAAGGAAAAUGGAUCGGUCGAGACUUUCGAGGAUAUCGUUCGGAACGUCUUCAAGCCCCUCUUCGAAGUGACCAAAGACCCCUCCUCGCACCCAGAACUACACGUAUUUUUGCAGCGUGUUGUUGGAUUCGACACUGUGGACGACGAAUCAAAAACAGAAAGGCGCAUCCACAAGAAGUUCCCGUAUCCGCAUCUAUGGAACACCAGCCAGUCGCCGCCAUACUCGUACUGGGUGUACUACAUGUACGCCAACAUGGCGUCGCUCAACAACUGGCGGCAAAAGCGGGGCUUUAAUACGUUCGUCUUUAGACCCCACUCGGGCGAAGCCGGCGACCCGGACCACCUUACAUCUGCCUUCCUCACAGCGCACUCGAUCUCGCACGGCAUACUCCUGCGCAAGGUGCCCGUGCUCCAGUACCUCUUCUACCUCAAGCAGAUCGGGCUUGCGAUGUCCCCGCUCAGCAACAACGCGCUGUUCUUGACGUACGAGCGGAAUCCGUUCCCCGACUUCUUCAAGGUCGGGCUGAACGUCAGUUUGAGUACGGAUGACCCGCUGCAGUUCCAUUUCACCAAAGAACCGCUGCUGGAAGAGUACAGCGUCGCCACACACAUCUAUAAACUCCCUCAGAGUUCUCUGGCCGAGCUGGUUCGCAACUCCGUGAUCCAGAGCGGAUUCGAGAUGGAGAUCAAGCGCCAUUGGCUCGGCCAAGAUUGGUAUUUGCCAGGCGCGGCGGGGAACGAUAUCCACAAGACGAACGUACCCGACAUUAGGCUGGCGUAUAGGCACCAGACGCUCGCGGAGGAGCUCAAAAUGAUCCACGGCGGCCCUGUGCCUCACCCUUGAGCGGAUCGACCAUCAUGAACCCCACAAAAACAUUCAUAUGCAAAGCCCUAUGUCUGAGAUCCACGGUUUAGAAAUGCUCAGUGCCGUCUAGGUGACAUGGAACCACACUACGCC